UCAACGUUCUAGUCAUCCCACCGUAAAAAUAUUCGCCCAAGGUUUCGGUCAAGCAGCGGCGCCAUAAAUCAGGAUUACGGGCACGGGGGGACGGGCCGUAUAACAAAACGGGCAAACGAACGCGAUCUCUUCGCCGCGUUGGACGGACGACCGAGAAGAGAGCCGUGUGACGACGAUAUCCACGAUGGGGCCGAAACACCACUGACCUACCUUGUCCGAUUCGCAUGUGUAGCUAAUAUUUCCGCGCACCUUUUAUAAAUAGGAUGGAUGCUCCUCGUGUCGACGAUUCAACGACGAACGGACAAAAAGUUGCGAGCCGCCGACACGUAGAGGCGGCAGAUUAGAGCAGGACCCGAUCGUGGCGGUCGCGGUUUAUUAAUAGAGUGCGUCGAUGUGCCGUACGGUUUGCCAAUUAGCCGAUCUUUUAUGUUGUACGUGAGCCGAAUCGUCGGAUUGGCCUUAAUGAGCCUUGAUUCGCACGCGUCUCCACCACCGAGGACUCAUUUGGCACGAAGGAGUUGAAGAAAACUGGGCAAGAUGAAUUUGAUGUUCAGGAAAAAUUUUCGGGAACAAAAGGUCAGCGGCAUAACCGGAAAGGGACCGAAGAGUACCGGAGGAAGACAUGCAAGCAAACGGUCGAGCCGCGAGCAAGGUUACACUCCAAUCGAGGAGCACCACUAUCGCACCCACCUAUUUUUCAGCCCACCUCGAUGCAGUUACACCCAGGAAGAGGCCGACGGACUUAUACCCCCAGAGCCGCGUUGCGGUCCUAUGACGGGGGUAGGCGGCGAACCUCUGCCAAUGCAGUCGAGCAUCAUUUCGCCCGCAAUGACGGAGUCCGAUCUGCCACAGCCUCUGGUCGUCAGGAGUCCGUCCGUCUCGCUGAUGAAGUGGCCCAGCUCGCCGUCCCCCACCAAGACGCCCACGCGCCAGGUCAGCUUUAAUUAUGGGAAGGAGUGCAACAACAAUGAGGUGGCCAGAACCCUUUCCGGAUUGGAUAGAGAUUGCUUUAUUAUACCCGUUCACAGUCUGGACAGGUUUCUACCAGCAGGAGUUCCUAUGCCAAAACCACUAGCUAAUAAUGGAAAUUCAUUAGACAGAAAAGGAAACUUACAUGUAAUGGAGGUGCCUGAUCCAAAACUAUGUGUCUUAUGCCAUUUGAUGAGCCCUUUGGAAGCGAUAGAUCCCGUUUUAGAAUCACCUCUAGUUCAACCUUUAUUCAAGCAAAGGGUGACGGCCGGAGAACUAGUGAACGAAGUAGCACAGGCGAAAACGGCCGUCACCGGCAUGCUCUUAGCGAAUAUGGAGAGAAACGCCGAGUUUCCAUUCAUAACUUAUUAUGUGAUAAACACUUCACAAACGAAUCCUGUGAUGUUUUACAAUAAUCUUCGCACUGCCAGUUUGACCAAAUUCGACCCUAGAGCAACUAGAUACACAGCAGCACACACCCUAGACCUGUAUUCGGAAGUGGCCGCGAUUUGUAGACCACCGAUCCACGAAAUUGGAAUGUCCUUAUCGAAAACCCACACUCCCUCAACCGGCUACAUGGUAUCGGUUUACAAGGUAUUCGAAGGUGACGACAGAGAAAAAUUCGAAAGGAAUUGGCUGUACUGGACCGGGGCUCGUAUGAUAUAUCGCUAUUUGCCUCCACAAGCCGGCCUUCGUCGGAUAUCGUUGCACAAAUCCCUUAGUCCUAAGGGGGACAAAAUGUACAUACUGUUAUGCGAAUGUGCGAAUUUAUUAAACGACAUAACCUGUUGUGCUCUGAUUCUACCGGCCCUGAGGGCCAGGUUGACUGGAUAUACGGGAAUUUUCAGACCAUUGCAAACUUUCUAAGAAAAUAUCCUGAUGUGAUACGAUAUAUCAAAAUGGAAUUGAUUAUUGCGAAAAUUGUUCAGUAGUUAAUAUACAGUUAUAUCUGCGUCACAUGAGUGACUUUGGGGCAAUUUUUUAAUCCAGCGAGUAUAUAGUAUAAGCUAUCAGACGGUUUUUUAUCUCUCUUAAAUUACAACAUAAAUACUAGAUAGAAUUAUUGAAUAUAUUUAGACUUGGCCUGAAUUUUUUAAUAAAUACAACAUAUUUUUAUAAAACGCAGCUAGAAACUUAGCUUUAAAUUUUAUUGAUCGUUAUCACUAACAAGAAAUAAAUUACCUAUUUUCAAUCUUCAUAAAAUCUCAAUAAUUAUUUUAGUCUUAUAUACUAUAGAAUUUCAGUAUAGUUAUUUCCAGUUCAAAUAUAAGUGAUAUAUUUUCAGUGUUAGAUGAGUGAAUAAUAUAUUAUGCAAUUGUGUAAAUUUAUGACUAGACUUCACGUUUAUUGUUUUUAUAUUAAGAUUGCGCUUUGGUUUCCUAUGUUAGCUUAAUAAUAGGGUAUAUGUAUUGUAAAUCUGAUGUGAUGUUAAUAUUAAUCAGGAUAAUAAUAAUAUGAAAAGUACAAAGUAGAUCAUCACUGAUGAUUCCUUACAGAUGUUGAUGUUUUUGUAUCCUCAAUAAUAUUUUUGAGAAUGAAACGAUAAAUUACAUAUCUUAAAUUAACAUAUUAAAAUACAAAAAAUUGAUUACAAUAUAAUGAAAGGCGCUCUGUAAACCUUAAACCUAGAAAUAUCUAAGGGAACAAAAUUUUGUACAGAUGAUGUGUUGGAUGUUAUUCGAAUUAUUAUAAUAAUUGUUAAUUGUUGCAAUGUAAAAAAACCAAAAUGAUGUGAUAAGUAUCAAAAUAUUGUACUAAUUGGUUUUAAAAUAUCACAAUAUCUACAUGUGUAUUUAUAAGGUAAAAUAUGAUUGUGAAUUGUGUGUUAGUAAUUAUACAUUGAUGAUUUAUUAUUUUUAAAUCUCCAAUUAUAUUUUAAUAUCUACUGUUAUUAAAAUUCACUUCAAAAUCUUGCAUAUCUCAUUUGAGUUGGAUACUAGUUGCAGUUGUGAGUUUUAUAACAAAUAAUGACAAUCUCUUAUGUUUAAGGGAAUUCUUUUAUUUUUAGGAACAUCAAAUGGGUACAAUUUAAUGCUUCCAAACAACUUUGUCACAUUUAUUUCUACUUGUAUGUUUCCUUCAGUAGUAAAAUGCUUAGAAACUCACAAUUGCUUCUAAAAUAUAACAACAAUAUUACGAAAAUUCGACAAGAUUUAUUAUUAAUCACAUAUCAAACAUGUUAAUUUUUCACCUAUUUAGAUAAAAAGCAAUAAGCUAGUCUUCCUAUGCAGAUGGCUUAUUUUUAUUGAAUUGAUAUGCUUGCUUCAAAAAAUUAUACACAAUAAAUAACAGUUAUAUUUUAUUUAACAAAUAUAUUAAUGCUCAAAACUUUACAA